AUGAUUACUAGAAAGGAACAGAAAAAAAAUAUCACGGGGUUGUCCCUCUUGGGAAUAUUACAAUUGAAUGAGGAAUCCUUGCAGUCUAAUGACAGCGGAACGAAUCCGUGUGAUAAUGUUGCUUUUGAUAUGGUUGAUGAUGAUGAUGGUGAUGUUGAUCCACCCAUGAUGAACUUGUCAUUUUGUGGCUGUGGAUUCCUUGGUAUCUACCAGCUGGGGGUUGCCACAUGUCUAGUGAGGCAUGGGGCAGGUUUCCUCAACAAAGUGGAAAGAAUUGCUGGAGCCUCUGCUGGUUCUCUUAUUGGAGCAGUUCUGUCAAUCGAUAAAAACCUGAUACAUGAUUGUGUCAAAUUUACAUAUGACCUUGCUUUAGAAGUACAAAACCAGCCUUUUGGUGCUCUGACCCCCAAAUAUAAUCUUCUUCAAUCCUUGGAGAAAUUCCUCAAUGAGAAAUUACCUCAUAAUGCCCAUGAAGUUGCCAGUGGGAAGUUGUUUGUGUCUGUUACCAAUUUAGAGACGAGAAGGAAUGAGACCAUGUCGCAUUUCAGUAGUCGACAGGAACUUGUGCAGUGUUUGCUGGCAAGUAGUUACAUCCCAGUUUAUGCUGGCUUCAAUCCUCCUGUCAUCAGAGGAAAGAAAUAUCUAGAUGGUGGUUGGACCAACAAUCUUCCUGUCUUUCCUGAGGGCCGCACAGUAUCCGUGUCACCUUUUGCAGGCUGGCAGGACAUAUGCCCUGCAGACAACUUUGGGCGUGGGAUAUUUUUAACAUGGAACAAACAGACUUUUCAGGUUUCCUUUUUGGGGGAAGUAAGAGAGUGUAGAAACAGUCUGUAG